GACUACUAAUUGCAGAGGCGAGGGCUAAUUUUAACCACCGCUUUUAUCAACAAAAAAACAACUGAUUUUUGAAGUUGGGUCCAAUGAACAUGGCGAUCACUAUACCCGCAAGCUACGCCGGUUUGACUGUAACGCCACCGUUUCAUGCUAGAUUUCGCCGGCAAUUCACUCCGUUUGCAAUUCUAUCAACUCCGCCGAACACCAGCAGUAGCAGCCGUCAAGCGGCAGUGGAUUGGGUGGAGGAAACUGCUAGUUUCUUUGAGCUUGAUAAUCGCCCUAUAAUGUUAUUCGACGGUGUGUGCAACCUGUGCAAUGGAGGUGUAAAGUUUGUCCGUAAUAAUGAUAGUACAAGGAGAAUUAGGUAUGAAGCUUUACAAAGUGAAGCAGGGAAGAACCUGUUGAGGAGAUCUGGCAGAGCUCCUGAUGAUAUUUCAAGUGUUGUGCUUGUUGAAAAAGAUAGGUCUUAUGUGAAAUCUGAAGCUGUUCUGAAGAUUAUGGAGUACAUUAACUUGCCUUUCCCUCAGCUAGCUUUCUUCUUACAGUUUGUGCCUCUAUUCAUUCGAGACUUUGCAUAUGAUAAUGUCGCCAAUAACCGUUAUGCACUCUUUGGCCGCUCCAAUUCAUGUGAGAUGUAAUUGGAGGUGCUAAGCACCCUUUGGCUGCUCCAGUUCAUGUGAUUAUACAGUAUACAGAAACUGGUACUUUUUCUAUCAUGUAAGUAAAAUACUCUUUUCUAUAGAACAUAAUUUGAGUUUAUAAUGACUUGCCGUUGUUUGCAUAUUUAGCAUCUAAACUUGAUUAUUCUUGUUGUAUGGUUCUGAUGUUAUGAUGACGGGUGACAGAAUAGAGAAAGAAAAUGCUGACACUCUUAUCCAUUGUUUCUAUAUUGAAGUUCAUCCUUUUUAUCUGAUGUCUUAGUCUGUCAAUUAGUUAUAUCUUUUAUACUAGUAACUUGUAAUUUGUACAUAAGUUCCAACUCUAAUAAAAUGCUCUACGAUUUCCUUUUCUCU